AUGAAGGCCUGUCUUCUCUCUCUCGUCGCCGCUCUUGCGAGCACGGCCACUGCACAGGUGCAGGGCAAAGCGUUUGGCUUCGCAGCUGGCACCACUGGUGGUGGCUCAGCUAGUCCCCAGAUUCCUUCUAGCAUUGCUCAACUUAAGGAGUGGCUUACCGACAGCACGGCCCGGACCAUCAUGAUCGAUCGCACUUGGGACUUUCGCAACACUGAGGGCACGACCAGCGGCAAGUGUUGCAGUGAUAAUCGCACGACCAAGUGUCCCGGUGGCACUUCCAAGGGCCAGGCCUGGAUCCAGGACACCUGCGAUGCUGCUAGUGGUACUUGGGUUGACUGCACUUACGACAACGCUGCGAAAACCCCCAUUGAUAUCAACAGCAACAAAAGUCUUGUUGGCGUUGGCACUAAGGGUGUCAUCAUUGGCAAGGGAUUCCGUGUUCGUGGUGGAAAGAGCAAUGUCAUCAUCCAAAACGUCCACAUCACAAAUCUCAACCCUCAAUACGUCUGGGGAGGCGAUGCCAUCACUCUUGACGGUGCCGACAAGGUCUGGAUCGAUCACGUCAAGAUCUCCCUGAUCGGCCGCCAGUUCAUCGUCUCUGGUUGGGGAGCCGCCGGCAAGGUAACUAUCUCCAACACCGAGUUUGACGGCAACACGGAGUGGUCCGCCGGCUGCAACGGGAAGCACUAUUGGACCGCCCUCCUCAUCGGCGCCAAGGACUACUACACCUUUUCUGGUAACUGGCUGCAUGACGUCUCUGGCCGCUCCCCUCAUAUGGGAACGACAAAUACCGCUGGCAGCGAGAACCUGUUCCACGGCGUCAACAACUACUUCCAAAACGUCGGCGGCCAUGCCUUUGACAUUGACGGUAACACCUGGGUCCUUCUUGAGGGCAACUACUUCGAUGCCGUCACCACGCCCAUCACUCCCGCCAGCUUGACCAACGGAGGCAACAUCUACAUCGUGAACACCGUCGACGAAGCCUCUCGCUGCACCUCUUACUUGGGUUACAUCUGCGAGUGGAACCGCGCUCGUGACUCUGGUGUUGUCAGCAGUCUUACCAGCACGACUGCCCUCACUAAGCUGGGUGGCUUCAAGUCUUCGCUCAUCGGCCACAUUGGCGUUGCCGACGUUCCCGCCAAGGUUAAGGCCAAUGCUGGUGUUGGCAAGACCACGAGCACCAAUGCCUAG